AAAAUUGUUGUGAUUAUUUUCCUGUUGUAGUUUGUGUUCUCUGAUCUAUUUCUUCAAAUUAAAAUAUCAUAAUACCAUCGUAUCGCUCGAUGAAAGACUCAAAAAUGAGUACGCAUUUGUCUGGCGGCCGACUUAAUGUCGCAUUAGUGCAAGAAACUAUGAGAAAAGAAUUGUUGAACUUGCUUCAACUUUGUGAGGGGCCGAAAGUAAUUAUUUGGGAUAAAUGGCUGGCUGGGCCUGUAGGCUUAGUGGCACAAUAUUCCCUGCUAAAAGAUCAUGAAGUAGCAGAUAUGUUCCCAUUACGGCCAGGAAACCUUCCUACAAUAUCAGUAAAACAUAUUGUGUUUAUAGCCAGACCUAAAAUCUCACUGAUGGAUUUGGUUGCAGACUACAUUCUCUCAUUAAGGGCCAAGCAAAACACAGUUGUAGAGUUUCAUUUAUUUCUUGUACCACGAAAGAGUAAACUGUGUGAAAAACAGCUUACAAAUAGAGGAGUGAGCAACCUAUCUAUUAAAGAAUUCAGGUGUGACUUAUUUCCCUUUGAAAGUGAUGUGAUGUCUUUGGAACUACAAAAUGAUUUCAGAGAGAACUAUCUGGAAGGUGAUCCAACAUGCAUUUACAAUGCAGCCCAAGCAUUGCGUACAAUCCAACAACUUUAUGGUAUUAUACCACGAGUUUUUGGCAAAGGAGUUGCAGCCAAACAGGUCUGGGAUUUGCUAUGCCGCCUAAACAAAGAGGAGCAAGGCACUGGGCCCAAAGGCUCAACCACUUCUUGCAUUGACCAUCUGCUGCUGUUAGACAGAGCCAUUGACUUCACCAGUGUCAUGGUUACACAGCUCACUUAUGAGGGCCUAAUAGAUGAAUUGUACGGUAUCAAGAACUCCACUGCCACGUUCCCGGGCCACAAGUUCGUGAGCCCCGACGACGCCAGCCCGGAAGUGACCGCUAGGGAGAAGAAACGGAUCAUACUCAACUCCAACGAGGAACUGUUUGCGGAUCUCAGGGAUUGCAACUUUAACGCGGUGGGUGCGGCGAUUUCGAAGAAGUUGCGUGUGAUAAAAACCCAGUUAGACGAGAGACACAACGAGAAAUCAGUACAGGAGAUCAAACAAUUCGUUUCCCGGCUGCCGCAAAUGCUUGCGAAUAAACAGUCGCUGAUCACUCACACGCACAUAGCAGACUAUAUCAAAGAGACGACAGAUGGUUUUGACUUCCAAGACGCUAUACAGUGCGAGGAAGACUUCGUGAAUUGCGUAGACAACGAGAAAGUGUGUCCUUUCAUAGAGGAUCUCAUAGCUAGAAAAGAACCACUGACUAAGGUACUUCGCUUGAUAUGCCUUCAAUGCGCCACAGGUUCUGGUCUAAAGCCCAAAGUGUUAGAAUACUACAAACGAGAGUUGGUCCAAGUGUACGGGCUUAGUACUUGGUUGACACUGUGUAACUUGGAGAAAUGCGGCCUUCUGAAGCCGCAGACAGGCACUAGACAAUACACGGUGCUUAGAAAGGCAUUACAUUUGACAAUGGACGACUCUGAACUCGACGCGAAAGAGAAAAGUUAUUUAUCCAACAAAUACGUCCCACUUACUGUACGACUAAGCGAGCACAUAGCGAAACAAGGAAACAAGGGCUGGAGUGGUAUCCAGGAUGUACUAGGAUCUCUUCCAGGACCAACAGUGGAUGAGCUGCAAACACUACAACCACGUAUGAUCCGUCGCAAUUCUAUCUCCAGUGAAAACUCUUCACUAGAGAACCCUAAAGUCAUCUUAGUCUUUUUCAUUGGUGGAUGUACUUACCAAGAAAUAUCUGCACUUAGAACCAUCUGCCAACAAGAAGACUCGAGUGUAGAAUUUGUCAUAUUGACUACAAAGCUUAUUAAUGGAACCACAUUCAUUGAAUCUUUAAUGGAGACUGAAUAAGAAAUGAUGUUACCUACCAAAUGCAUUAU